CGCCUCCGCGUCUUGUUUCAACACCUUCUUAGUUUCCCGUAACGUUCAAAGAGGAAAAACGACAAAGAAGCGAAGACAAGAGUCACAUCUCGAAGGUCGAAGCUGAGGGCCAUGGCUCGUGGGCAGCAGAAGAUUCAGUCCCAGCAGAAGAACGCCAAGAAGGCAGCGGAGAAGAAGAAAUCUCAGGGCGCCGACCAGAAGACUGCAGCCAAGGCAGCGCUGGUCCACACCUGCCCCGUCUGCCGGACUCAGAUGCCGGACCCCAAAACCUUCAAGCAGCACUUUGAGAGCAAACACCCCAAGUCCCCGAUGCCUCCUGAGCUGGCAGACGUCCAGGCGUAAAGGGCUUCACCUCAGCAUGGACACACGACGACCACGGACUAACGUUGAAUCACUGAAGGAGACUGAAGACGUGCACUGGGACCCGACAGCGGGUUGGGAUCAGAUGUUUGUGUAGGAGGAGUCGGUGAUGAGGGGGCAGACGUACACCAGCAGCCCACUUUUAUAUUUAUUGUGUACAACUACCUUAUUAUUCCAGACGGAGGAGGGAGGAGGGGGCACAUUCCUAAUGAGCAGAACCAGCAAGAAAACGCCUGCGAAAACUUCUAAUAAUAAUAGUUUUGAAACACAGGAAGAGACGACACUUUCACUAAAAGGUUUCCUCGCUCUGUGGAGGAGACACGGCUUCGUCCUCCUCCUCCUCAGAAAACACCUCACAGCACCACAACAGUACCUCACAGCGUCGUCCUCCGAUCCGACCACGGCAAUAACUCCCAAUCCUUUGUUUUUGUAAAAUUGCUUUAACAAACGUUCACACUUUCAGUUGUAGUUUUAAAGAAACUGUAAGUAGCCCCUGGAGAGAGAGAGUUUAAAUCAUGUAGUUGAAGAAAUGACUGAGUCCUUAUUUUUUUUUCGGUUCUUAUUUUUCACAAGCAGGCACAAAAAACUUUAACCGAUUUGCUUUCACUGUACUAUUUUUUUUUUACCCUUUUCAAUAAAUUGAACGAUGUAUUUAAUGUGA